AUGGCCUUCGCUCUACGCUUGGUCUUCCUCCUCUGUGCGAUUUGUGGACUUUUCACUAAAGUCUCGUCUCUCCAUAAGGAAGAAGUGAAAGACAAUAACUGUCCCAAAGGAUGGACUCGCUUGGACUGUCACUGUUACAUCUACCAACGAAAUCCGAGGAUGCUUGCAGAUGCAGAGAGCAUCUGCAAUAUUCUUGGUGGAAAUGUAAUGUCCAUUCACAAUUCCCUGGAAAACGUGUUUGUUCACGAACUGUUUAAAAGGGAAGCAGCUUUAAAUGACACCGCUGUCUGGACCGGACUCCAUGAUACGCUUGAGAACAAUGAAUUCUUAUGGAUUGAUGGCGUAGAAUUUGAUUUCAGCGCAUUUGAUACGGCUAACGGCGAGCCUAAUGCCACCGCUAGUGGUUGUGUAUCGUUGGCUCUGGAUGAUGGACUCUGGGACACUGAAGACUGCUCAACGGAAUAUCCGUAUAUUUGCCUCAUGGAUGUUAUGGAUCAUUCACACUAA